GAGGCAGAGUCGAGGGGGGGUCAGCAGCACCCACACAGAUCAUAAAUGCAGCCACAUUGUUGUGCAUGGUACACUAGUGUUACUUGCAGCUGACCCCUACACGUCCAGGACCACAACUGCAGAUUUCAGAGACAACAACCAUGAGCCCUAAACAUGUUAUCUUCAAGAAACUCUCCCGUGAUAAGUCGGUUGGGGUGUACAUGGCCAAGAGGGACUUUGUGGAUCACUGUGACUCUAUCGACCCUGUUGAUGGAGUUGUGCUGAUCGACCCUGUACAGGUCAAAGGAAAGAAAGUGUUUGUCAUGCUGUCCUGCACGUUCCGGUAUGGCAGAGAUGACAUGGACGUGAUGGGUGUGGCCUUCCGCAGGGACAUCUUUGUGACCACCCGCCAGGUUUACCCCGAACUGCAGGACAAGGAAAGGAGCAUACACACCAAGAUGCAGGAGAAGCUACUGCGCAAGCUGGGAGACAAUGCCAUUCCCUUCUUCUUUGAGUUCCCAGACAACCUGCCGUGCUCUGUGUGUCUGCAGCCGGCUCCAUCCGAUGUGGGCAAGCGCUGCGCUGUCGAGUUCGAAGUAAAGGCUUUCUGUAACGAGAACCAAGACGAGAAAAUCGAAAAGCGGAGCUCUGUGCGUCUGGCCAUCCGUAAGAUCCAGUACGCUCCGGGGGAUAGUAAGACCAUCCCGUCCUCAGAGAUCACCUGUGAGUUCCUCAUGUCGGACAAACCCCUGCAUAUGCAGGUCAGCCUGGAGAAAGAGACAUACUACCAUGGUGAACUAAUCAAGGUCAGUGUCGACAUCAACAACAGCUCCAGCAGAUCACUGAAAGACAUCACUGUUGCAGUGGAGCAGGUGACCAACGUGGUACUUUAUUCCAAUGACAAGUAUGUAAGGGCAGUUGCCCUAGAAGAGACCUCAGAUACAGUGCCCUCUGGAACAACCCUGAAGAAGGUGUACACCCUCAUUCCUCUAUUGGCUGCUAACAAGGAAAGACGAGGUAUUGCUCUGGAUGGGAAACUGAAACAUGAGGACACCUGUCUGGCUUCCUCGAGCAUUGUGAAGGAGGAAGUCCUAAAGGAAGUGCAGGGUAUGCUUGUGUCCUACAAAGUGGUGGUUAGGCUCAAUGCUUCUGGGAUGGUGGGAUCUAGUGAGGUUGCAGUGGAGGUUCCAUUCCGGCUCAUGCAUCCUAAACCUGAACCAGCUAAGGAGGGUGAGUCGGAUGACAUGGUGUUCGAGGAGUUCAAGAGGGUCUACCUCAAAGGGGUCAUCCCUGAUGAUGACGAGUCACCCACCGAGGCAUGAGCAGGCUGUCCAAGGAAGCAGAGCUCUUGCAUGGGUCAGCCACACUGUCCAGUCAUGGCCAAGGCCUAAUGUACAACAUCAGCUGGACGUCACAGCUUGAAAUGCUGAGGGUCAUGAAGAACCAAAAGGAGAGAUGAUGUAGAGAGCUUUUAAGAAUUGUCUGCUUAUGUAACGUUGUCACUUGUCUGCUUUGCUGCAUGACUCAUUGCUCCAUAUUGGUCAGGUUGUUAUUGUUAAAGAAAUGUGUUCUAAAUUACUUACCUGGUAAGAUAAAGGCAAAUCAAUAGAUAAAAUAAGAUUACUGUAGAUGUCAUUGUAUUGUCAUUCAGUACACCGGUAGACAAAUCCAGACCCAAGGCCUAUGCUUUAUAGUAAUGUUCACUGUUGUAUUGAUGUACUGUACAUUAUACAUCUGUACUGAAUUUUUCUUAAACAUUUUAUUUGCGAUUUUCUUAGAGAACAAGCAUAUACAGACAUCCAAAAACAUUUUAAUAAAUGUGAUGGAAACCCAGUGGGUGCCUGUGAUAUGGGAGAAAGGGUUUGAUUUCUGACGCUUCAAGAAAGUGACACAACAAAAAUGACGCUGGCUCCUACAGAACACACACACUCAUCCCCUCUUCUUUUCUUAUUUUAUCAGUCCUUUUUUCUCCUUUAUCUUUCAUACAGAAGCUGUUCUGUUGCUGUCCGUCGACAGAACAGCACUUCCACUUAGUUACUACUUAGGCUGAGUACACCUGACCUCUUCCUUUCUGUCUAACAUUACUGUAGCCACAUGGCUGUGCCUUCUCACGUAUCCUUCCACCACACUGAAAGACAGACACAACUAUGCUACUUUCUCUUUCUAUAGCUACAUCAGUGGUUCUUCAGCAGAUCUCUCAGAUUGAGAGGGAGCCUCUUUGAACUGUGUCUCUGGUGUAACCAGGUGUAUCCCAGUGACCGCCUUGAUCAGUUUACACUGACAGGAGCACUACUUUGUGUGGAGGAUUUUUUUGUGACUACCCUUUUGUAAGACAUGUUCAGAUACAAAACAAAAUAACAAUAGUAAGAAGAAUACAAAUCCACUCGCAUACAAACCCACACGCAAACUGAUAUAUUUAAUGGCAUUAGCUUAAAACAACCAUGCACACAAACAUAUCC